AUGAAAGGCUGCGCGGAGGGCGAGGGAGGGGCCGCGGGCGGCCGAGGGCGGGCCGCGAGCGGAGCGGGGACCGGCAGAGACGCGCGCGGAGACAAAGCGCGACGCGGGGCGGCCAGGGCGGCCGGCGGGCGCGGCGCCAGCCCCGGCGGCGCGUUCCUGGCAGCGGCCCCUCCCCCCGCGCGCUCCGCCCCCAACUUCUCAUUCACACUUUCCCCCACCCCCCUCCCUUCUAAGAAGGCCGGUUUCUGGCAGAGGCGGGGGCGCCGCUUCGGGAGCGCGGGCAGUUCUAGGAGGCCGACCGGGAGAGGCUCCCGGCUUCCCCUCGCUUUUUCUCGGACCCCGCGGGGACACCCCCUUCGCCCCUUCCCCGUGCCUGCCCGAGGUCCCGAUCGCGGCUCCAGGCGGCCCGGGCCAGCCAAAAGGGAGCUGGGGCCAUCCCGCAGCCAGGCCGCAGGUCUGGGGUCAGACCGGGGAGCUGGAGGGGGAAGACACGCGACAGUCACCUGUGGGCACGUCCCCGACGGGAGGCCGAGAGGCCCAAGGCUGGAGGGGACACCCCCUGUGCGGCAGCUGCCCGGCCUCAGUCCAUCGGCCGAGCCAGGUUCUUUGCCGACACUCACACGGGUGCUGAUGAUCCCCGCAGAUAUUAAUAAAACCGCUGUCAUGCAUCUGAGUCCCCAGACCUGCGCGGUCCCGCGUGGGUCGGGCCGGGCGCCCGGCGCGGCUGGUGAGCCCCGGAGAGCCCCGCGUCCGCUAGAGGGCGCCGCGGGACUCGCCGGUGGAGCGGGGUUCGGCGCUGCACCCCACCCCGGCGGCGAGGAGGCCCGGGAUCCGCGGGAAUCGCUGCCUCCGGGGCUGGAGCGGGGACCGAGAAGAGGGGAGUUCAUAUCCCAAGCUGGGGUCACACCUGGGAAUAAAAGGCACCGGGUGAAGUACUGGAAGACAGAAGUGCUGGGUGAACCCUGCAGGGAGAUGGCUGGUGAGGUGACAGACAUGGGACCCCCAGGUGGAUGAAUCCAGCUCCUCUGUGCAGUGGGUCCCAGGCUGCUCCAGGUCAGCUCCAUUGGCUGCCAUGGCCCCACUGGCGGGCUUCCGCUACGUGGAGCUCCAGGCUGUCUCCGAAAGGUUCCUCGUUCCCUGGGUCUUUGCAUGUUUGCGUCCUGGGUGGGAGCACACCCUGCUGGUUUCUACUUUUCCUUUAAAAUUUGGCAGACACUCUGUCUAAACUUCCAGGGCAGCUUGUUUCGCAUUGGCCAAAAUGUUCUGACUGCUUGUGCAAUAAGAAUCUUGGAGAAGCAAA